AUGCGUAAGUUUCCGUUGCCACGCCAUCUCCUUCACUCCUCGUUUGUUUCAGAAAGUUCUUUAGCGAUAGAGCAAGAUAAAAUAGAUAGUCUAUUGAAGCUUAAUGAUGAGAAUUGCAAGAAUCUUCGUAUUUUACUGCAAAAGAACACACAAAGCGUGAUACACGUUAAUGAUUUGAUGAGUGCGAGAGUGCAUCGGAUUUCUGAAAAACGAACGGCAUUCAAUCAGAGAUUCGAUACGGUCCAUCGUAAUAAUCAAAAAGUUUACCGUUGGUUGUUUUUAAUUUACAAUAGUUUACGUUUUCAGUUGAUUGGCAAAAUCAGAGAAAAUCUUGUCGAAAUAGAUUUUGAAGGAAACGAGACACUCCGAGAAUACGAAGACAUCCGGCGGAAAGUCAGUGUGGCCAAACGGCACAUGAGAGGAUUCGGGUUAACUCGUAGUUUGGGGCUGAAGCUGUACAAUUAUGCACUCUCCUGGCUCAUAUCACUUGGACUGUACAAACCGCCGAAGAAUCCGUUGAAAGAGACGAAGAAGUGCGCGGGACUUCUGUACGUGAUCAAAUUUUCUUGAUUUAGACGAAUAAACUUUUCAGGCAAGUUUCCCGAUCCGAACACGUUCUCACUUUGUCUCUGCAGCCGGAAUUGAAGACGAACCCCGUGACCGACCAGAAGAAGAAAAAGAAACAAUAG